UCUGAAUUGUGUGAAUAUUAUAUUUUGAUCAUUGAAUUGGAUGCUAAUUGUCUUUUGAAAUAUGAACAAAAUUUAACUUAUUUUAAUAUGGUGGUUAUUCACUGUAGCUCACUUUGAUGCCCAAGUAAAUGAGGUCAUUACAGACUCUGUGUCCAAGUAAUUCUUAAUACUUAUAAAUAGUCUUGAAAAAAUUGUUCCUUUAUUUCGAUCGAUACACAUUUUCUUGUUAUUUUAGUUUAGUACUUGGCUUUAAUUUUAUAAUAACAUUGUUAAUAUUAUUAUGUUGGGUCCUGAGUGUUGUGAAAAUCCACCAAAUUACCUGAGCGGAGGAGGAGGAGGAGGAGCUGGUCAUGUCCAACAGCUUGGAGGUUUCAACUGUUAUCUUUCUGGUCCUGUUGAUUCCACCCAAGCUGUAAUCCUUGUUUCUGAUGUUUUUGGAUAUGAAGCUCCAAAGUUGAGAAAGCUUGCAGACAAAGUUGCAGAAGCUGGCUUCUAUGUAGUAGUCCCUGAUUUCCUUCGUGGUGAUCCCCGUAUACCUAAUGAUGAGAAGCCUUUAGAAGUAUGGAUAAUAGAUCAUGGACCGGAUCAAGGAUUCGAAGAUGCAAAACCAGUUAUUGAAGCUUUAAAGAGCAAAGGUGUAACAAAAAUCGGAGCAGCAGGCUUCUGUUGGGGAGCUAAGGUAGUCGUGGAACUAGCAAAAUAUGCUUAUAUCCAAGCUGCAGUGCUAUUGCAUCCUUCAUUUGUUGAUGUAGAUGAUAUGCACGCGGUUAAGGUUCCAAUCUCAAUAUUGGGAGCGGAGAUUGACAGAAGAUCUCCACCUGAGCUUGUCAAGCAAUUUGAGAUGGCCUUAAAUGCGAAGCCUGAGGUUGAUGCAUUUGUGAAGAUUUUUCCUGGGGUUACACAUGGCUGGGCCGUGAGGUACAAUGAUGAAGAUGAAUUGGCUGUAAAAUCUGCUGAAGAGUCUCAUCAAGACAUGUUGGGAUGGUUUGAGAAACAUCUCAAGUAAAAUUUGCUUUCAUUGUAAUGACAUGUUUUCU